AAUUGACACUUCAGAUUUGUUGUUUACAUUUUAUUUUUUAAUAAUUGUGAAUAUGAAUUUGUUUUAUUUUUGUUGAUUGGUUUCAAUUUUUUGCUUUAAAGUUAUUAUUGGAAUAUAUAUAAAACUAAAAUAAAAAAAUCACGUCACGAAUCAAAUGGAAGUCAAACAAGAAAUUAGCGAAGAAACGUGUAAAAUAGAAAUGGAGUAUAAUGACAUGGAUGAUGCUCUUUUGGAUGACUUUAAAUGUGAAAUACAGGAGGAAUCCAAAGAGCAAAGUACUCAUGACGACACAUAUGAUGUAGACUUAAAGAAAUGCCCCAUAAAAAUUGAAAUCGAACAUGGAAAUAAACUCGACCCAUUUGAAGAAAACCAAAAAACUGAAAAAGGCCAUCUCCAAGAUGAAAGCAAGAUAGAAAUUAUGGAGAAACUCAUUGAAGAUUCGUCUUACGAAGGAAAUAAUAUGAAUCGACACAAUAAAGGAAAAACGUUAAAUAAAAAUACGCAAGUUGUGACUGAAAAAAGUCCUUAUAAAUGUGACCCUUGUUUUAAGCAAUUUAGUCAAGCAGGUGAUUUGAAAAAACAUGUCAGAAUGCACACUGGAGAAAAACCUUAUCAGUGUGAAGUUUGUUUUAAGCGAUUUACUACAACAAGUAAUUUGAACAAACAUUUGAGAGUGCACACCGGAGAAAAACAUUAUCAGUGUGAAAUUUGUUUUAAGCGAUUUAGUGAUGCAUGUUAUUUGAAAAGGCAUUUCAGAUUGCACACUGGGGCAAAACCUUACAAGUGUGAGAUUUGUUUUAAGCAAUUUAGUGAUGCAAGUAAUUUGAAAACACAUUUGAGAGUACACACUGAGGCAAAACCUUACAAAUGUGAAAUUUGUUUUAAGCAAUUUACUACAACAAGUAAUUUGAAAACACAUUUGAGAGUGCACACUGGAGAAAAACCUUAUCGGUGUGAAAUUUGUUUUAAGCGAUUUAGUGAUGCAAGUAGUUUGCAAAGACAUUUCAGAUUGCACACUGGGGCAAAACCUUACAAGUGUGAGAUCUGUUUUAAGCAAUUUAGUGAUGCAAGUACUUUGAAAAAACAUUUCAGUUUGCACACUGGGGCAAAACCUUACAAGUGUGAAAUUUGUUUUAAGCGAUUUAGUCAAGCAGGACAUUUAAAAUGUCAUUUGAGAACACACACUGCAGAAAAACCUUACAAGUGUGAGAUCUGUUUUAAGCAAUUUAGUGCUGCAAGUAAUUUGAAAAAACAUUUGAGAGUGCACACUGGAGAAAAACCAAGUGCGAAACUUGUUUUAAGCAAUUUAGUCAAGCAGAUGAUUUGAAAACACAUUUGAGAGUGCACACUGCAGAAAACCUUUAUAAGUGUGAAAUUUGUUCUAAGCAAUUUAGACAAUCAGUAACCUUGAAAAGACAUUUGAGAAUACACACUAGAGAGAUGCCUUACAAGUGUAAAAUUUGUUUUAAGCAAUUUAGAGAAGCACGAACUUUUAAAAGGCAUUCAAGGCUACACACUUAAGAGAAGCCGUACCAGUGUGAAAUUUGUUUUAAGCGAUUUAGUGCGGCAGGUAGUUUAAAAAGGCAUUUGAGAGUGCAUGCUGGAGAAAAACCUUACAGGUGUGAAAUUUGUUUUAACCAAUUUAGUCAAGCAAGUAGUUUGAAAACACAUUUGAGAGUGCACACUGCAGAAACACCUUACAAGUGUAAAAUUUGUUUUAAGCGAUUUAGUCAAGCAGAAAAUUUAAAAAGUCAUUUCAGAACACACACUUCAGAAAAACCUUACAAGUGUGAGAUCGGCUUUAGACAGUUUAUUCAAGCAGUUGAUUUUAAAAAAUGAUGAUUCGAGAGUGCACACUGGAGAAAAACCUUACAAGUGUCAGAUUUGUUUUAAGCAAUUUAGUGACGCAAGUAGUUUGAAAAGACAUAAUUGAGAACACACACUGCAGAAAAACCUUGCAACUGUGAGAUUUGUUUUAAGCAAUUUAGUGAUGCAAUUAGUUUUUUGAGAACACACACUGCAGAAAAACCUUACAAGUGUGAGAUUUGUUUUAAGCAAUUUAGUGAUGCAAGUAGUUUGAAAAGACCUAUUUGAGAACACACACUGCAGAAAAACCUUACAACUGUGAGAUUUGUUUUAAGCAAUUUAGUGAUGCAAUUAGUUUGAAAAGACAUAUUUGAGAACACACACUGCAGAAAAACCUUACAAGUGUGAAAUUUGUUUAAGCGAUUUGGUCAAGCAAGUAAUUUAAAAAGACAUUUGAGAGUGCACACUGGAGAAAAACCUUAUCAGUGUGAAAUUUGUUUUCGGCAAUUUAGUGAAGCGGGUAAAUUUAAAAUACGUUUGAGAACUCAUUCUGGAGAAAAACUUUAAAAGUGUGAGAUUUGUUUGUUUAAACUUCAUUAGCACUUUCGCUGCUGACUUUUUUCGAGACAGGUGUUACCCAGGAGCGGCAAUAACUUUUUCUAAAAUAUCAUUGUAAUUAAUAUUAGAAUAUAUUUUAAAUU